AUUUGCAACACACUGUACAACAACGCGAGAAAAAACCAACCAACUGUUCACCAAUUCCCUUAUUUGUUACUACUUCCGAACAUGCCCACACCACUCACAGACACACGCACCGAUGUUUUGGAUUUUUUCUCACACUCCGGAAAUUUCCGAUUCUCAACUUCUCUCGAGAACGACACAUUAACAUUUUCAUUUGUACCAAUGUUCACUUUAUCCAACACUUCGUCACCAAGCUACUCUGGCUAUUCCCCUCGUUCUCCAUAUUCUCCUCUCCAGCAGGAAAGUCUUGCUGGACAGGACACCAUCACUGUGCCAGGACCAUCUCUUGUUUCUGUUGCCAACUCUGGCGCUGUUUUUGAGCGUGGGAACGAAACGUGUCCUGACGACGACAACAACAACGACAACGACGAGCGCGGGAAUUUUUGCGCAGGUACCUUGGGUGAGCGUUCAUCGUCGUUUCACUCAUUUAAUAAUAUCACUCAAACUCCACGCCGGCACAUGUUUUACUCACUCGUCCUAUACUCGACGACGUCACUCCACCUCCAUAUACUACUCCCAUUACCCCUGUAAAUACUAUUUCUAGUGACGAUGACGUACCUGCACUUAUCAAUUCGAAACCCACGUUUUCCAAUACACCUUUGCUUUCUCCUUCCCUUGCAGCACCUGCUGCUUUGCUUGAAGGAAUUUCGCCACUCCAUGCACAUCAAUAUCUCGAAACC